AGUAUAUAUAUGGUGACUGCGCUGUCUGCGGCCUGCGGGUUGAAGUCGAAGGGGGUUGCUGUCUGACAAGGGCUGACAAAUCGCGCCGAGGUUAUGUUUACGUUACGGAGUACGCCAAUGUAAUCAAUUAUUAUUUUUUACCAAGUCGACCAAGCACUAGCAAAUUGAAUUAUGAUUCUGUGGGACGAGGAUUCGACGGAUUACCUGGUUCACGCAACUGCGACGUCCAAACACUUUUAUCAAGGCUUGGGACUGGCUGUUCUUUCGAGCGGCUUUAUAGGGGCUAGUUUUAUUAUUAAGAAGAAGGCUUUGAUAAGACUACAGAGGUAUGGAGGAUUGCGAGCUGGUGCAGGUGGAUUUGGAUAUCUAAGGGAGUUGGUUUGGUGGUCUGGUCUGCUGUCAAUGGGUAUUGGAGAGGCAGCCAACUUUGCAGCCUAUGCAUUUGCACCAGCCACCCUUGUCACACCCCUUGGAGCACUGAGUGUUUUAGUAUCAGCCAUGUUGGCUUCAACUUAUCUAAAUGAGCAUUUAAAUUUAUUGGGAAAGCUUGGAUGUUUGCUGUGCAUCUUGGGAUCAACCAUGUUGGUUCUCCAUUCUCCCAGAGAAGAACAAAUCGAAACCAUGGAAGAUUUAUCGUUCAAGAUGCAAGAACCUACAUUUGUAACAUAUACAAUAUUUGUGAUAAUAGGAUGUCUAGCUAUAGUUUUCUAUUUUGGACCACUUUACGGCAAGCAGAAUAUUCUAGUUUACAUUUUACUCUGCUCAUCAAUUGGUUCCUUAACAGUCAUGAGUUGCAAAGGCCUUGGUUUAGCUAUAAAAGAGACAAUGAAUGGCAAAAGUGAAAUGGGCAAUUGGCUUACGUGGGCUUUGCUUUUUGUACUUGUUCUAUGUAUCAUGGUUCAAAUGAACUACCUCAACAAAUCACUGGACUUGUUCAAUACCAGCAUCGUGACGCCGAUUUAUUACGUAUUUUUUACGACCUUUGUGAUAAUAGCUUCAGCUAUAUUAUUCAGAGAAUGGGAGUACAUGAGUAUCGAAGAUGUCAUAGGUUGUGUAUGUGGAUUUUUGACUGUAAUUAUUGCCAUAUUUUUGCUAAACGCUUUCAAGGAUUUGGACGUUAGUUACACCGAUAUCAGGCUAAUUUUUAGGCCGAAACGGGAAAACAUCAUUCAUCACAAUUCCAGGUGGAACAAUUCUGCAGAUGAUGAGCAGAUGAGAUAUGACAUGGAACACAACUAUGGGAGUAGUAUAACUCGGUCCAUGUGACGCUGGGUUGAUUAAAGAGCGUCACACUCGCACAUGCUCUCUUGCAUAUCAAAGCCGCUAACGACAAUGAAAACGUCGCUAUAAAUACACAUGUUCUAGUCAAUUUAAAAAAAUUAUUCCUAAAUAUAGACUGCGAAACUGUUGGAUCUUAUCCCUAGUAUUAUUAUUUAUAAUGAAAGUAAAAAUCAAUACUUUUUAUAGUAAUACAUUUUGCGUCAAGUGCAAAUUUAAUAAAAGCGAUCAAGACUGUUUAAAGAAAAUUAAAGAACCAUGACUGUUUUUCGAAAAAAAAAUUGGUGUAACUUUUGCAUUGUUAUUAAAUACAUAAUUUUUUAAAUAACAA